AUGUAUAUUACAUUGGAUGCUUUUAACUUCCAAAUUGUUGUGAAAUAUUUUUAUUUUGAAGACGAUUUCAUUAACUCGAUCCUCAUUUGUAAGAAAUUUACAUGUAUAUUGGACAGAUUUCAAUACAACCCAAUUUCGGUGACUUCCAACAGACUAUUUCCGUACAUGGAGACACAACAUUUAUACACAGAAAAAGAUGUUGAACUCCCCGAUAUGCAGAAAUAUGUUGUGUGGUACACUGCAAACUAUCACGACAUAAAAAACAGAUUGAAUGAUUCAAAAUACGUUUACAAGAACAUUCAAAUCACUAAAAAUGUUGAUGACCCAAACCCAAAUAUAGAAGAGUUUAAUGUAAUUCUCCAAAACAAAAGUAUCAAUCAAUAUGAUAUCGAGUAUAUCGAUACUUUUAAACUCAAACAUUUUUCUUUUCCAUCACAUGUAACUGAAAUUUUGGGCCCAUGGUUUGAUAGGGAUGUUUUACAUUUUGAGAGUGUGUCUUUGUGUGAAGGCAUCAAAAGUAUUCCACAAAAUUGUUUCAACAAUUGCAAAGAGCUUAAAACGAUUGACUUACCAUCUACAAUUACUUCAAUUGGUGGUGGUGCGUUUUCUGGAUGCGGAAUAGAACAUUUUACUUCGCCAAUAGAAUUAGAUGUUAUUCAAAGUGAUACAUUCAAAUAUUGUUCACAACUUAGAGAAGUUGUUAUUUCUGAUAAUGUUGUAAUAAUUGGAUGUUCAGCAUUCGAAAAAUGUUAUAGCUUGACCAAAGUUGUUCUCUCAAAAAAGUUGCUAAUAAUAAAAAAUGGUGCUUUCGAUAAUUGUAGAAAUUUGGAACACAUCGAAAUACCAAAAAGUGUUUAUAUAGUUGAAUGUAACGCUUUUUCUGACUGUAGAAAAUUGAAAGAACUCGUUUUUAGUGAAAAUUGUGAUGUUGGCUUUAACACGUGUUUUAAUUGCGUUUCUAUAACCAAACUUGUGCUUCCAACAUUGAAAGGAAAACUUAUUGGAGAAGUGUCAAAACAGGAGGAAAAUAUCAUCAGCAAGUUUUAUAACAAAUAUGAUAUACACAAAUAUAUUGAUAUUCUUUUUAAUAACGAAUGUGAGACUCUAGAUGUUGGAAAUGUUGUUUCGUACAAUUAUCAUUUAUUUGAAAACACUUGCGUUAUAUUUAACAUUAAUAAAGUGACAACAAUAACUUCAAAUUAUUUUACUAAUUUUCGACAACUCAAAGAAAUAAGCAUUGGUCCAAACGCAACACUAGAAAGUGGGUGCCUUGAAAUGUGUUCAUCUUUAACAAAACUUGUACUUCCAAAUAAUAACAUGAAAAUAACAUAUGUACCAACUUCAUACGAAACAAAACUCUUAGAUAAGUUUGGGUAUACAUAUGAAAAAGUUAUUUUUGAUUUUUGGCAAA